UGAGGUUUUAUCGGUACCAAAAACUAGGGUUUUAGAAAACUCGCUCUCUCGCUGAAUAUCAUAAUCUGUAAACACAACUAUCUCUCUCUCUGUCUCUCUCUGCCAUGGAUAGAUACAGGAAAGUUCAAAACCCCAAGGCUGAAUCCGCCAUUACUGAGAAUGAGAUCAGAAUCACUUCUAAAGGUCUGGUUCGUAAUUACAUCAGCUAUGCCACUUCUCUCCUUCAGGAGGGGAAUGGAAAUGAAAUUGUUCUUAAAGCUAUGGGCCAAGCAAUAAACAAGACAGUCUCCAUCACAGAGAUUAUAAAGAGACGGAUGCCUCAAUUGCACCAAGAUACCGUCAUCAGUUCAGUAAGCAUAGUGGAUGUAUGGGAGCCCAUUGAGGAGGGUCUUCUGCCUGUGGAGACAAGCCGCAAUGUCUCGGUGAUUUCAAUCACCUUGUCAACUAAGGAGCUGAACAAGAACUCUCCAGGGUAUCAAGCCCCAUUGAAUGCAGAACAAGCAAAGCAGCAGCCACAGUCGAGGCCACAACGCAAUUAUCAUCAACAGCAGCAAGGGCCAACGAACAAUUAUCAACAACAGCGGCCACUGCACAAUCAUCAAAGGCAGCCUGUAAAGCCGCAGAACAAUUAUCAGCAACAACAGCCAUCAAGGACACAUAACAAUCAGCAACACCAGCCCAUAAGGUCGCAGAACAAUUAUCAACAGGAGCAAUCAAGGACAGAGAACAAUUACGACCAGCAGCAGCCAAGUGUUGCUAGACAUGCACGGCAAAAUUACAAUGUUGCUAAUGAAGAUUCAUAUGGGCGAGUUCGUGGCAGAGCUCGAGGUAGAGGGAGAGGGCGAGGUUGGAGUAGAGGUGGAUAUGGAAGUUAUGAAGGAAACUAUAGGGGAAACUAUCAAGGCAACUACCAAGAGAAUUAUCAAGAAACUGGUAAUUUCCGGAACUGGGGCCAAGGCGGUGGCCGUGAUGGAGGCUAUCAAGGAAACUAUCAAGAGAACUUUCAAGAAACUGGCAACUUCCGGAACCGGGGCCAAGGUGGAGGCCGUGAUGGAGGCUACAAUCGUGAUUACCAAGAUGCUAGAGGCAGGGGUGGAGGAAGGGGAAGAGGUGGUUAUGGUCGUGGUCGUGGUCGUGGAAGAAUGGGAAACUAUGCAAGGGAUGAUAUCAACCAGGAGUAGUUGGGACUGGUGCUUUUGAUAUAUUGGAUAGCAUGGUGUUUUGACAUCUUGAACUUUUGGUUUACAUUGUUUUCAAGAUUAAUUAGCAUUAAUAGGCUUUUAGAUUGAUUUUUUAUGGUGAUUUUCAUUAUCGGUGGGGAUUUUUCUUAUGAAGUUUGAACUGCCAAGCUUGCAAGUCAGUUUUAUUCCCUUUUACCAUUGUAUCUAUCCCAUGUGAUCAUUAUUAUAUCUUUCUAUAUCAUGUUCUCCAGAUUUGACGUUUC